AUGGCUGCAGCAGGACCCCGCUGGACGUGGAUGGUCAGUGCCCUGAUCAUAGCUCUGAUCCUGGGGGUGACAGAGCCUGUUCUUGCAAAUGAUGCUACCUCUUGUGACAAUCCUUCUGACGCCGGCUCCUGGCCCUCUGGGAGCACCCGGGACCUUGGAGCCAGGGCCCAGGAGGACACCAGGGCAGACGAAGGCAGCAGCAGCCGCAUCGUGAAUGGAACCGACUGCAACAGGCUCGGCCAGCCUUGGCAGGGAGCACUGUUGAUGGGCCCCAAUCAGCUCUACUGCGGGGCCGCGCUGGUGCAUCCGCAGUGGCUGCUCACAGCCGCCCACUGCCGGAAGCCAGUUUUCAGAAUCCGUCUUGGCCACCACUCCGUGUCGCCCGUUUAUGAAUCUGGGCAGCAGCUGUUCCAUGGGAUCAAAUCCAUCCCCCAUCCUGGCUACUCCCAUCCCAGCCACUCCAAUGACCUCAUGCUCAUCAAACUGAACAGAAGAAUCCGUGAGACUCAGUAUGUUAAGCCCAUCCACAUCUCCUCCCAGUGUCCAUCUGCUGGCACCAGAUGCAUGGUAUCUGGCUGGGGGACAACCAGCAGCCCCAACAUUAAAUUCCCCAAGGUCCUCCAGUGCUUGAACAUCACCGUGCUAAGUGCCAAGAGGUGCAGGGAAGCCUAUCCGGGACAGAUAGAUUCCACAAUGUUCUGUGCUGGGGACGAGGCUGGCAGAGACUCCUGCCAGGGUGAUUCUGGGGGACCUGUGGUUUGCAAUGGCUCCCUACAGGGCCUUGUGUCCUGGGGAGACUUCCCCUGUGCCCAGCCCAACAGACCCGGCGUCUACACCAACCUCUGCCAAUUCACCAAGUGGAUCCAGGACACCAUCCAGUCCAACUCAUGA